CAUUAUUGAAAGCCGAUCCUUGUAAUUUUGAGUACAUAUUAUGGGCAGUAUUUGAUGGAAGGGAACGAAAAGUGAAGAUGAAAAUCGAAUCCAGUGAGGAUAUCUUAGAGCUGAUUGAAGAACAAAAAACUCCCAACAUUUGCGUGGAGUUGGAGAAGCGAGUAAAUGCAGGUGUUUCGGGGACGGCGCAACAAAGCUUCACGCAAAUGAUGGCGUCCCAAGGUGUAUUUCCGAGUUCUUUUGGUGUUAGUAGUUCUGCAUUUUCCCACGAGGCCCCAUAUUCACAUCAAGCAAGCUUUAGUUCAUUUACACAUACUGGAUAUCCUCGGGGCGCUGAUGAUCAAACCGCGGGUUGUUCGAACCAACCAGGUCAUUCUCGUGACGAUGACAAUAAUGAUGACCAAACCAACACGCACAAUGGUGACUCAGGAGACGAAGACAAAGAGGUACAUGAGAAGGAAAUUUUCAAGCUUUUCAGGACGUGGUAUAGCGAGCAUAUUGAAGAGCUAAGAUUAAUCACCGACCAUAUUGAGGUUGAAAGUCUUGCAUAUAUGAAUCGAGGUAGCACCCGGCAAUCCGACGUUGAGCCACGAAUGUGGUCCCUUCCUAU